GCCGUGUUCGUGUUCGUGUUCGUGUUUUGAAGCUAUGGUGUGAAUGCUUCGGCAUUCCAGCGAGAUGUAUUGAAGAUGCGAUCGACGAUCCAGCUCUGUGCAUCCAUCGAUUUCUUGCAAUUGCAAUACAAGAACCUUUCUUUCCUUGGGAACUAGGGUUUUGCGCUCUGUUCUUCGCGUCGUGAUGGCGGGGAUGAUGGCGAUCGACGGCGUCGACACGAAUCUCCUCUUGGCGGAGGCCUCUGAUCUCUUCGCGCUUCCAGGUAUCGCAUUCUUGUCGCGAUCGAUCCCGUGCAUUUGCCGCGCGCCCUUCCCGAGAGCUCUGUGUCGGAUUUCCUCUCGAAAUAUCCGUUUCCGGUUCUCUCCAGGGUUCUAUUCACCGCAGGAACUCCAGCGCUUGUGAGAGCAAUGCUGUCCAGAAGGUCGUUUGGACACAGCAUGCUUAUCAAAAUCCUCCCUUAUGCAAAUGCUGGUUUAAACGCGGCAUCUCCACAAGUUCGUCGUCUCGCAUGCUCCAUGUUCAGGAUGGCGAUUCAAGUUCUGUGCAAACAGCAACAGAUAUGUGACAAGGAGUCGAGCGUGGCAAAAGCAGCCAUUGAGAAGUUAGCAAAGCCAAGCGCUAGACGUGUUCAAAUCCGAGCGUUAUCUCUGGCAGCUGGAAUCAUCGGACUGUCGGAUGUAGCGGCAGCGGCACCGGUUUUGCAGGUCAACUAUUCAAUUCUGGCCCAACUCGAAAUUCUGAGCGAGCUUGCUGAGACACCUACUGGGGCAAGGCUUCUACUUGCUGGAAUGCUGAAGUGGAUAGUAUGGUGCGUUCCCGCUCGAUGCAAGUUGCGUCUAGACUGAUACAGCCUGGUACGCCUCUCGGGAUGACCAUGGAAAAUCUCGCGAGACGUUCGGGAGAUGGGACAGGUAUGCAAAGGACGCUGCACUAGAUGCGCUUAGUCAGCGUAAGUCGUUUCUAGUGUCUGUUGUUUGGAUUUGACUACUCUUUUGUCUCUCUUUUAUUUUUAUCCUUUUUAAGUCCUGCUGCUUCGCCGUGUGAGGCCACCGGCACCUUAUGUCGUCCAUUCGGCUUUUAAAUCAGAGCUGGCUGCUGUUCAUGCGUUAGUCGCAGGAUUGAGGUGUUCUCCUGGAUGAACAAGCUGAACACGUUCUGCGCGAUCUCAUAUCCAUGUAUCUCCACAGACGACGCUUUCGGUGUAUAGGCUCCUCAAUUGUCGUACUGGCUUCCAGAAAGUGGUGUCUGCUGGAAGUCAGCUCCAACGAUGGCUUGGUCGAUUUCAUCGACGAAAAAGGUAAUUGCUCUCUCUGUCUCUCUACGGGAUUCAAUACACGCAGGUGAGGCACGCUUGGUGUGCUGCUCUGGCCACCGGAUUGAGGCAGCCAUCCUGCUAGUGCGUGGCGAUACACAGGAAAAGGUUUACUUUUUGUUUUCAGUUGAUCCGUUCUCUUCUUUCUCAGCUCGCAGGUGUUAGGACCACAUCCAAGCAAGAGACGUUUUAAAUGCCUAAAUUCUGCACUCGCAAGAAAGGAGCCCAGCUUGGAUCAUUGCGCGUCCGCACAUCAUCCGUUUUGUCAUUCCUACGUGUUUUUGUUUGUAUUUUUUCGUGCUUGCUGGUAGCUGCAUCCGGUGCUCAAGAGGAUCAUGGCUUGAUGACUUGUGAUUAUUAUUUCUUCGCACUGGAAAAUCAUUUUUAUUUAAUGCUAGUGUACCUUUGGGGAUGUUUGCUGAAA